AUGCGUCUCACCACCAGUGUCAUCGCUGGCUUCAUCGCCUUCGGUGCCGCUACGCCUGCCGGCCUGGCAGUCAAGCCAAGUUCCAUUGAGGACCCUGUCGAUGCUGUCCCAGCCCAACACACUCCCGUCGUGGACGGAAACUGGCACAUUGGCUGCGACAAGAACAACUACUGCUCCUACUACCAGGGAGACGACGUGGCUGUUGGCAACACCAACUCAGUGUCUCCUCGUACCAUUGCUCUGUCGGAAGCCUCGUGCAAGCAGUGCUCAACUGAGGACCCUUGCGACUAUUGCACGUCUUACAGUUUCGAUUGUCGGGACUGUGACCAUUACCAAUGUUACGACGCAUUUUUGAAAUCCCGUGGCUGCUUCGACAUCCAACCCGAGCUUGCCGACGUCAUCCGCAAUCACACAGUGACAGCCACCAUCCUCGAGACCACCAUCAGCACUUCUGUCGUCACUGUGACCGCCAUGCCUACUUCUGAGACGUCGAUUUCCGACAUCACCACUACCGUCACGCUUGCUCGUACAGCCCUACCCCCGACGCACACUGGUCUGGCCCCUCGCGAUGAGCUAGCCUCCAACGAUGGCGACAACCAGUCACCUACUCGUCGCACUGCCUUCAAGCAGUCGGAAUGCUUCCCUUGCAAUGACCAAACUUGCCCAGAAUGCCACGCCGACUGCGCGGAGUGCGACAAGUACCUUUGCAACAACUUGGCCACUCACAUGACGGUGUGCAUGAGCGUCCGUUCCAAAUGGCAGCCCCCGGGCUUCAACGUCUCUGCUUCCGGACCGAGCGAGACCACAACUACCACUGAGACAGUGGUCAUCUCAACUGUCGUUAACCCCACGUCCUCGCCAGUCGUCACCGUCACCGUGCCCGCCCCUGUUACCAGUACCACUACUGUCGUCGUAGCUCCUCAGAGCUCCCCAUGCACUACGACUACUACUUCGAUACCUAUAACAAGCACUGUGACUGUCGUUGCUCAGCGUCCCCAGAUCACCACUGUCGUCGUGACAGCUCCUCGGGUUCAAACCACCACUGUCGUCAUGACAGCUCCUCGGGUUCAGACUACCACUGUCGUCGUGGCAGCCCCUCAGAUUCAGAUUAACACCGUCACUGUGGAGAAGCCGGCUUCCACUGUAAUCUACCAGCAACCAGGCACCACAUCCAUCGUUACUGUACAGAACCCAGCUUCUACUGUCGUCUACCAGCAACCAGGCACAACUUCCACUGUCACCUAUCACUACCAGGAUCCAGCGUCCACCAUCAUGCUCCAGCCACCAACUGUUACUGCUUCGCGCUCACCACACGUGCUCGAGAUUCCCGUCACUGUGAUCACGACCGCGACCCACACCGUAGCCAGGUCAGUUCGUGCCAACCAAACCCCUGCGCCUAUGUCUCCCCGCGAUAGCAUCAUCGCCAAGCCAAUGUGCGACUCUUGCGACGGCAACCCGGAGUGCGAUGGGUGCGAUUUCGCUUGCGACGAAGACCAAGGCUGUGAGCACUUCCUGUGCAAAGACCCUCUCAGCGAAGCGGAGAUCUGCAUAAGCCUCCUAGAGGACGCCGAGGCGUCCAAAGCAUACGACACGUCCAUGGCUUCCGGCGAUUUCCUUGGCUCCGCCGCGAUGCUUCUAGUGCUCGCCGGCGAUGACGCCCCUACUUCCAACACAACGACCACCCAUUUGCAGCCGGCGAUCUCCAACGGAACCCGGCCAGACUUCUCCUUUGCCGAUGAGGAUUGCUAUCUGUGCGAGUCCGGUGAUGAGUCUUGCAACAUGUGCGACUGGCAGUUCACCUGCGGCAUCAAGAAGAAGUGCUUCCACAACGGCGCACGCGAGGUUGUCGAGUUGUGCUUCGAGAAAGGCGAGAAGUGCCGUCCUUGA